AUGACAAGAAAAUUAAAUCGCUUAAGUUUAAUUAAAUUAUUCUUCUCUGCAUUGAUUCCAUUCACUAUUGGUCUUUUCACUGUGAUUACAACAAUUCAACAGCAAAAAUUUUCUUCUGCACAACGUGAACAAGACAAACAGGAUGCCCUUCUCUCGAGAAAACAAUCUGAUCUCCACGCAGAAAAUUUACACAAAGAAAAAGUGUACGAAACCUAUCUUGACGAUGUCUCAGAACUAUUCACAAUGAAUAAUAGCAAAGAUACGUUGAUGAAAAUCCGCGCCAAAACAUUAGCUAGCCUUCGACAACUCGACAUAGAACGGAAAAAACAUUUACUCUUGUUUCUUUAUGAUAGUGAACUGAUUUAUCAUUCACCAGAAAAGGCAAUUUCAUCCUUAUUGAAAGUCAAUGAAGCUGACUUCAAUGGAGUCAAUUUCCGAGGAACAGUGGAUGCUACUUGUUCGUUUAAUUACCUCUACUUACAUCAUGUUUAUUUAUCGAAGGCAUCAUUUAUCAAUUGUUUCAUCGACCGUUCAAACUUUUCUUAUUCCAUCAUGUACAAGAUAGAUUUCACUAGAACACGAUUCUUUCGAACAUCUUUCAGAUUUGCAGCAUUGAACCAAGCAGAUUUUAGUCAAGGGACAUUUUUUGAGAUGGAUUUUGUCGGAGCAUCACUAGUCGAGUGUAAUUUUACUGGCGUCAGAUGGAUUACGCAAUAUAUGGAUUUUAUAGGUACGAACUUGACAGGAGCAAUUAUAUCAGAUCAACUAUUGAAAAGAAUGAAACUGCAUAAUUCUAUUCUGCCUAAUGGAACAUGGGGACCGAUUGUAAGGAAAAAUUUAGUGGUUAAUGGUGAUGCCGAGCAGAACGAUUCGCUAACUAACAAUACACAUCCGACUGGUUGGACUGUCUCAGUUCCUGGAAGGCUAAGUUCCAUUGCGUACAACAGCCAGAAUUCUACAACAGGCUAUGGGAAAUACCAUUUUCGAGUGACGCCAUCAUAUAGUUUAAAACUGGCGGUGUCGAUGGCUCAGAAUAUCUCUUUUGAUGAGUUCAUUCUAUUGAUCACAGCUGGUAUGGCUCGCUACAAUGUAUCCAUCGAUUACCAAUGUUCAGGCAACCAAUACGGCUAUAUGCAGCUCACUUUCUUCGAUAUGAAUGGUUUAAAAUAUGAACCUGUAUAUCGAGAAACCAAGAGUAAAAUGCAAAUCGAACGUUUGAAACUAUCAAAUCAAUUUAAUCGUGAGAUGCAUAAAGUUCAGUUAAAAGUUGGAUUCAUCAGAAAUUUGACCUAUGACGAUACUAGUACAUAUAACGAAGAAAACUAUUGUAUCGCUGACAAUAUCCAAUUUUUUAUUACGAAACUUAACUAG